CACCUUACCUCCCCCCCCCCCCCUCUUUACCCGGCGAUGAAAUGCUACCCUAUGCAUAACGACCGCAGCGUCCGUCCCCUACCGUUCUCUUUCUCGUCCCCGUCUCACUGCCGCUGUUCUCAACUUCCACAGUAAGUCUUCUCCGUCUGUUUGUCUCUCUCUGUUCGUUUCCCUUCUCUCUCUCUUUCUCUCUCUCUCUCUCUCUCUCUCUCUCUCUAUUUUCGUUUCCGUGACACGCCACCGUCGUCCGAUCCCGAUAUCCACGCCGGUAAUUACUCCGGCUCCGUUCGUCUCUCUCUCUCCCCCCCUUGGGUCUUUUCUCAGUCGUUCCCUCUCUCCGUAGAAAUUCUUUUGCCGCUGCCGUCCGACACGUCGUCCGUCUCAGCCUCGCCGGCCUGUAAGUCUCAUAUUUCCCACAGUACCUUCAUUUUUUUUAGUGAUAUUUAGAAGAGGAGCAAAGCCGCUUUAGCUGAAAGUUCCGGAUAGAAAAGCAACUUGAUCGAACUUCCAGGAUCUGCUAUUGAAGAGAGCAUACAAAAGCUGUAUAAUUAACUGGGAAGUUUCCGUUACUGAUUCCAAAUAGUUUUGCCACGUCAUUUCUUCUGAAAAUGCAAAGUAUAAGAGAUUCCAUCCUGAGGCAUGUGAGGGUGGGGGUGUCAGCUGAAAGGUGGUUAUUAACUGACAAUUGGAAUGUGCUCAAGCAAUUGAGCCGCAAGAUGUGCUCAUCAACAACAACUAGCCCUGAUCAAAUAAUGGACCGAGUUCUUGAACUGGUUAAGAAAUUUGAUAAAAUUGAUGCCUCUAAGGUUACCGAUACAGCUGAUUUUCAAAAAGAUUUGAGCCUGGACAGCUUGGACAGGGUAGAGCUUGUUAUGGCUUUUGAGCAAGAAUUCUCCAUUGAGAUCCCUGAUGAUAAUGCAGAUAAGCUUACUUGCUGUGCUGAUGUUGCAAAGUACAUAGUUUCUGGAGUUGAGCAAAAAGUUGUGGAGAAAUCCUGAUUUGGUUUUCAAUUUUAUCGUCCCUUCAAGCAUUUACUCAAGGAUUCGUCUUCUAUGGUUUCUUGACAUUAGCUAGUUGGGUGCAAAAUUUCUGUGGGGUCAAUCUCUCUAUUCUUUUGUAAUUCUCAUAUUGAAACUGCAAUUCAAUAAUUCCAAUUUCUUCUGCGGAAGAAAUCUCAUUUAGUUAUUUAUAACUAUUGAACACACCAUUACUUACAUA